GAGAAGGCAAAAUGGAAACUUGGAUGCAAACGGGAAAAAGUGGAGAAAGACCUUCCUCUCCCGGCAGUAACUCCUUCCAACAUCAUAACUCUGUUUACUGCCUAAGGUAAAGUGCCUAGCAGAAUACUCCUCCCUUCCCUUGACUUCAGACGCUGCAGAAAAACUUCAUCAUUUAACUUCCUAAUUAUCUUCAAUGCCUCAACAACUUCAAUUUCUCUCAAUAAUGCCUCCAAUUGAUGUGCAGUCGCAAAGGCGUCCGCAAAUGGACCUGAUUGCGAUGUUCAAAUCUCUAGUGGAGGUUCUUUAUCACUACCUAUUUACUGUGCUUGUCAGCAAGCGCCGAGCUUCGAUUAAUGCCUUCCGCAAUGAAAAAGGAAAUCUCUAUGGGCUUCCGAACCAACAUCGGCCUGCAACGCUGGUACUACACGAACAAUGCCGUCCCAUUGGUAGCUUGAUCGACACACAAGCACGCACUUCUCUAGAGGCGCAGUCAUGUACAACCACACCACGCUGUCCAGAACGAGGGAGACGGCGCGAUAGGCCAGGAAGAGGAAGAGACGACGUUAGGGAAAGUGCCAGAUCUGUAAUGUGCGAUGUGCGAUGCGUGUGCAACAUGGCCUGCAUGAUCUCAGAGAACCACCAACCUCAUCGGCGCCAGCCCUCGCUCGCUUGUUUCCCGCCUGCAAUGCACACAUCCUGCUCAAUUCGUUGCUCCAGAUUUACAGCAGCGGGAAACGUAUUCCUUUUCUGCCCUCCCUCCGAAGAACUUGGCGGUACGGGAUGCAUCUCGGUUGGGAUACACUGAGCUUACAGUGCAGAGACACAGACAGUUGCUUUUUCGUUCAAGCAAGGAGCAUCAAUGGCAAGGCAU